GCGGCGGGACCUGGCGGAGGCGGCGCGUCCCCACUGCCCAGCGCGCAGGACAGCGCUUUCCUCAACGACGCAGACAUGGUCAUGAGCUUUGUGAACCUGGUGGAGUACGACAAGGAGUUCUCCCCUCGCCAGCGACACCACAAAGAGUUCAAGUUCAACUUAUCCCAGAUUCCUGAGGGUGAGGCGGUGACGGCGGCAGAAUUCCGCAUCUACAAGGACUGUGUUGUGGGGAGUUUUAAAAACCAAACUUUUCUUAUCAGCAUUUACCAAGUCUUACAGGAGCAUCAGCACAGAGACUCGGACCUGUUUUUGUUGGAUACCCGUGUGGUGUGGGCCUCGGAAGAAGGCUGGCUGGAGUUUGACAUUACGGCCACCAGCAAUCUGUGGGUGGUGACCCCGCAGCAUAACAUGGGGCUUCAGCUGAGCGUGGUGACGCGCGAUGGACUCCACAUCAACCCCCGUGCUGCGGGCCUGGUGGGCAGGGACGGCCCCUAUGACAAGCAGCCCUUCAUGGUGGCCUUCUUCAAAGUGAGCGAGGUCCACGUGCGUGCCACCAGGUCAGCCUCCGGUCGGCGCCGACAGCAGAGUCGCAAUCGCUCCAUCCAGUCCCAGGACGUGUCUCGGGUCUCCAGCGCCUCAGAUUACAACAGCAGUGAGUUAAAAGCAGCCUGCAAGAAGCAUGAACUUUACGUGAGCUUCCAGGACCUGGGAUGGCAGGACUGGAUCAUUGCGCCCAAGGGCUACGCCGCCAAUUACUGCGACGGAGAGUGUUCUUUCCCACUCAACGCGCACAUGAACGCCACCAACCACGCCAUCGUGCAGACCCUGGUUCACCUUAUGAAUCCCGAGUACGUCCCCAAACCGUGCUGUGCACCAACGAAGCUAAAUGCCAUCUCAGUUCUUUACUUUGACGACAACUCCAACGUCAUCCUGAAAAAAUACAGGAAUAUGGUCGUAAGAGCUUGUGGGUGCCACUAACCCGGAAGCAGUUGCCUGGGAUGCAAAUUUUGCCUUGGAUUCCUAGUGUGUUAUCUGCCUUAAAAAAAUCAGAUCAAAUAAAACUAACAGCCUGGCAACAUUGUUCAGAAGCACAGUGGAAGUAGGAUGAUAAAACUCUGAAAACCAUCUCACACUGGUGCCUUACCAAACAAGGAAGAUUUCAGAGGACCUCAUUAAUAAUCUGUGUGCUUCAUACAUGAUGUGAGUAGUUGUUGGUGUGUAGGAAGCUGAGUCUGAACGUCUCCAGCACAAGGCCUGGUAACUGCCAGAACCGAACUUUUCACCACACAUGCACGAUGCAGCUAUUUGAGUGUCAGUCAAUAGGGAAAAUCAUCUCAAAGGAGUUACGUUCACUUGGCUAAAGGAUGAACCAGUUCAGUAGCAUCUAUCAGAGGUAGGGUUUACAGAGAAUGGAGAUGAAAGGGGAUUGCUUCUGGUUGUGGAUUUCAUCCUAGGAAGCCCAGUUUCACAUAGCGUAGUCGGGGCUCGCGCACGGCAGGUGCCUUUUGUCUGAGUGCUGUUCGGUGUUUGUGCUGGAGUUCGGUUCGUGUGAAAAUGUGCUUCAGUCAGAACCAGCCGUGUAACACUCCCCCACCUCCAGCACCCUCCCCAUCCGUACUCGCUGGGGUCCUUGCUACUGCCCGAGGUGUAGACCCGUCCUGCUUCGAGGUGAGGCUGCGAGGGGUGGGAGGGACUUGGGAUAGCUCUUGUUUUAACUACAUAACAUCUGAAAGCAAUUGUGCACCUUUCUGCACUGGACUAGCUCUUUGAAAAGCACAUUAACUUCA